UUGGAAUAUUUAACCCUGAGGUCACUGCAUCCAUCACAAGUUGAUAGGGAUUCACCAUGCUGUUCUGGCACAGCCAACCCGAACAUUACUGGCCCACACCUGCCGAACAUUACCAGAGCCCAACUAAUGCCCUCUACAGGGAGACCAUAUCACUGCCCUAUCUGAAGCAGGAAGACCAGCCCAUGCCCACCGUGCAGUGCCCGGCCUUCCAAUGUGUUCUCUGUGCCCCCAGCUCCCCAGCUGUGAAGCUGCAUGAGGAGAUGCUCACCUACCUCAACCAGGGUCAGUCCUAUGAGAUCCGCAUGCUAAGUAACUGGAAGGGAGCCAGUGACAUUUCAGAAAAUCGACGGUUACUAAAGAGUGUAGUACGAGUGGCUUUCCACGACAGACGCCUGCAAUACAGUGAAAGACAGCAAUUGGAAAGCUGGCAGCUCAGUCAUCCAGGAGACAGACUUUUGGACCUAGAUGUUCCUUUGUCUGUGGGAGUAAUUGACCCUCUGGUCAAUGCCAGUGUCUUGAACAUCAUCGAAUUCUUAUGGGAUCCCAGUAAAAAAACAUCUGUUUUUAUACAGGUUAACUGCAUCAGCACAGAGUUCACACAAAGAAAGAAUGGGGGAGAGAAGGGAGCCCCCUUCCGGAUUCAGGUGGACACAUAUAAGGCCGACCCUCAGGGCAACUUCACCGAGAACCUGUACUCCUGUAGCUGUCAAGUCAAAGUCUUCAAGCCCAAAGGAGCAGAUCGUAAGCAGAAGACAGAUCGUGAGAAGGUGGAGAAGCGCUCAGCACUAGAACGUGACAAGUACCAACCGCCUUGUGAAACCACUGUCCUUACAGAGUGUAUGCCUUGGCCAGAUAUUGAAAUGCCCAGAAGUCCCACCAGCACUCCUGGCCUCUGCUCGCCACGUAACUUCAAGGUGCUUACCCCUGACAGGAUCUGUGCAUCCCCUGUGUGUGCCUCAGACAGCUCUACGGAGUGUACAGGAGAGUGCCUCAGUCCUUCUGCCUCCAUCAGCGACACCCAGCAAUGGCUUCUGCGAAACAGAUUCUCUAAUUACUGCCGAACAUUUUCCAAUUUCACAGGGGCAGAUCUUCUAAAGUUGACCCGCAGGGAUCUUACUCAAAUUUGUGGAGUGGCAGACGGGAUUCGACUGUCUCAUGCCCUAACAGCAAGGUCUGUGCGCCCUCGUCUCACACUGUACAUUAGUACAGAGCCACCAGGCAAGAGCCAAGAUAUCACAGAUGCAAGUCAGACAGCAGUUCUAUAUCAGGAGAUACAUUUGGAAGAUGUGACUGCAGCUGAAUUAACCAAUAAGCUAGCAGACCUAUUCAGUGUGCCUGCAAACCACAUCUUACGGAUCUCCAGAACCGGCCCCCAUGGGAUCCAUAUCCUGCUGAGUGACAUGAUGGUAAGAAAUAUGCCGGAAGAAUCCUGCUUUACGGCUACACUGCAAAAACUGCAAAACCCAGAUGGCUACCAUUGUAUCCUGCGGUAACGAGGUCACAGCAGUUCUUCUGCACUGCCAGGCCAACACAAGACGAGUCCAGCAACCUGAGCGCUGCCAGUCCCAUCAGUGGAUGAAAAGAUGGCCACUAUACAGGGGCUAAGACUCUAAGGAAAAAAACAUGGUCCUGUACUUGGAAUAAGCCCCCUAAAUACUGGGCUUCCACAUCUGACAAUUAAACAUGGUGGUCCAUAUAAACAUUGGCACAACCACUAACAGAUUGAUGGCACUGCCACAUAAAAGGAGGCGUCUGGAUAUUUUUUUAUAUAAAUUAAUAUUUGUAAUAAAGAUUUCUUAUAAAAUAAGCUGAUUAUAUACAU